AUGGAGCAAGCACAUGAUGAGAAGUUGAUGUGGAUGAAGAGGAGACAAAUGAUGAUGAUGAUGAUGAGUAGAAGUCAUGAUGAUGAUUACUCUUCAUGGGAAGAGAAGGCAUUUGCAGAAGAUCAUGCAGCUGGUGGUGGUGGUGGGGGAUGCAUAUGGCCUCCAAGAUGUUACUCAUGCAGCUUUUGUAAGAGACAAUUCAGGUCUGCUCAAGCCCUUGGUGGUCACAUGAAUGUCCAUAGAAGAGACAGAGCCAGACUUAAACAACGACAACAACACCACUCUCUUACUACUCUUCAACAAAAUCUUCAUACGAGUAGUCUUUCAUGCUCUAGGGUUUCAGCUGAUCAAGAAAGUCAAACCCAGCAGCAUCAUAUUAUGUCUCCUUACAUCUACAAGUUUUCUGGACCAGAAUCUGAAGUGGAAAACAAGUCAAAAAGAGAAGAAGAUCAGCAUUCUACAUGCCUGCAGAUUAGUAGUCAUGAAGCUGAGACUGAUCUGUGCGUGGGAUUGCAUUCAGAUAGGACAAGCGGGGCUUGUAAAAGACGUAAGACUAGUGGUAUUUCAGGAUUUUCAUUCUUGAUGAUCAAGCCUUAUUGUUCAUAUGAUCAUCAUACGCAAUAUUCAGAGGUUAUUCCAGCUGCUGCGGGUGCUGUGGAAGACAUAGAUCUUGAGCUCAGGCUCUAG